UUCCGUACAGUCUAUGGUUUGAAACCGAAUUAAUCCUCUAGAUAUGCCUGGCCAUGGCGUUGUAUUGGUGUGUGAACUCCCAAUUUUAAGAUAAACAAGUAAAAAUUAGUUCAAAACUGCUUGCCACGUUAAAACUGAACUGAACGUUGUUUUAAGAGGAAGUUCGUAUUUCCCAUUCCACCCAUUGACUGGGAAUGCCACAUCGCUAUCAGGGUUUAGCUUGUUGUCGUGAGUAGCUAGUUAGCUAACCGGUUUCUGACCGCCGUUUUCAGAUUAAAAACCGUAAUAAGUAUGUCUUUCAAAAGGGAAGGUGAUGACAAGAGUCAGUUGAACAUCCUGAAGAAACGGCGUGUGGCAGAUCUUCUGUCUAAUUUUAUUCCAGAGGAUGAAGCAGCUCUUCUGAAAAAUGGAAGAUACACUUGCCUAAUAUGCGCCUACCGGCCUGUAUUUGACACAGUAGAUAUGCUGACAGUCCACAGAAAUGGGAAAAGACAUCUAGCAGGAUUAAAAUCUUUCUAUGGCAAGAAAGCGGAGCUGAAAAAUGAAAUAACAAAAAGACAACAAGAAAACUACAUCCAGACUGAAGACAAAAGACAGGAACCCUCCUGUUCAGCCCCUUUACUGGAACAAACACGGAAGCUCACACAUCACGCUUUACUAAAGACUGUGCCGUACAACAGCUGCCAUAGAAAAACCAGUACAAAAUCUGAAAAAGGACCACUGUCCAUCAACUCUGAUCCCAGUGGCAACACUUCCAGCAAAACAGCAUCUGAACACGAACAAGCACAUCGGAAAACUGAAGUUUCAAACAGUUUAUCACAAAGCAGCUCCGGUGGCUGCACAGCAGGGUCACAUCCAUCAGAAGACAAACAAAAGACAUCUCAGGCUGCAGUGACACAGGCAGCAGAGCCAAUAACAGCCCAGAGGAGGAGAGAGCUGAAGCACUACCUUCAACUGAAAAGUCAGGGGUGGUUGCAAGACCGGAGCGGCCAGUGGGUGAAAGACAAGAAUGUGGAGUUUGAUUCAGAUGAGGAAGAGCCUCCUUCGCUACCUACGAGUCCCCAAGAGGACUAAGAACUGUGGGAAAACAGAUUAACUUGUACCACAGUGGUACAUUCAGGAGCCAUGGUGCUGUUUGAAACAGCCGAAGCUUCACAUGCGAGGACUCUCUUAAACAGAUUUGUACCAUCCAUCGACCUUCCAUUGGAUUCCAUGGUUUUCCUAAGAUGAAUCUACAGCACCACUGUAAUCUUGGAACUCACUCCUUAGUUGUAAAAGGAGAUUUCUAGUCACCAGUGAUCGUCAGCUGCAGCUGUUUAUGCUUUUAUUGUCUCUGGAAAGUCACAGUUCACAUGUCCUUGUGUUUUUAUAGCAAAUUCACGUUAUUCUAACUUUGCAAAAAUGUUUUUUACUACCUUGAACAUCAAGCAGACUUUAAAGCAUGAAGACAUCUAGAAAGAAAACCUGACCAAGGCUUGUCAGUCAGUUUUUCUCCAUGUCAGCUAAGAAUCAUUACCUUCGUUUUCAGUUCCAAAUAAAUGAAGCCAACCUGCAGAUCUGUUUACAGUCUG